GGCGAAACCCAAAACUAAACAGUCGCACGCGCUCGCUUGCACGGAGAUGAAGAGGUAGAAAAAAAGAGAGAGAUUAGAACGGAAGCGUCUCGCGGGGGGAUGCAUCGGCGAAGCACUACGCCCUCUCCUAGUUCCAUUCCCACUGCCGUCGCUCGAUUCCAUUGCCGGAAUCCUAGAUGCACCACCACCGUCUGAGGAGAUGGCCCAACCUCUGGUUCGCCGUCAAACCCCUCAAACAUGUAGCCCUCAAGAUGCCGCCCGGUGACCAAACCCUAACCCCAGAAGAUCCCCCGCCGCAGCCUCGACCCGGUGGAGCCAGCGCAGACCUCACCACCCUGCUUUCCGACGAGCUCAUCCUCCGCAUCCUCGCUGCCGUCCCCGACGCCCAUCGCCUACCCGCCUCCCUCGUCUGCAAGCGAUGGCUCCGCCUCGUCGGGCGCCUCUGCCAUUCCCUGACCAUACCCGACUGGUCCUUCCUCGACCGCCGCCGCCUGCGCCUCCGCUACCCCUGCCUCACUGAUCUCGACCUCGUCCCCGCUUCCUUCGCUUCCCCUUCCUCUCCCGCUGCCGGUGGCAGCGUCCUGCUUACCCGUGGCCCCGUCUCGGUCGCCGUCGACACCCACGCCGACUCUCCCGUUGGUGAAUGCCACUUCCUCGAGCCGUAUGUCAUCGAUCGCGGCCUCGAGAUCAUCGCACGCGACUGUCCUGGCCUUCGAAAGCUCUCCCUCGUAUCCACCGCUUCGGAGGCCGGCCUCAUGGCGAUCGCCGGAGGAUGUGACACUCUGCAGGAGCUGGAGCUCCACCGUUGUUCCGAUCUCGCCCUUCGCCCCAUCUCUGGCUUCGAGAACCUCCAGAUCCUGCGGCUGGUGGGAUACGUCGAGGGGCUCUACCGUGGGCCUGGCGUCACGGACUUUGGGCUCACAAUACUGGCCCAUGGUUGCAAGCGGCUGGUGAAGCUGGAGCUCAGUGGGUGCGAGGGUGGCUAUGAUGGAGUAUCUGCCAUAGGGCGGUGUUGCAUGAUGCUCGAGGAAUUGACGAUCUCCGACCACCGGAUGGACGCUGGGUGGAUAGCUGCGUUGUCCUUCUGCAGGAACCUUAAGACACUGAGAUUGCAAAGCUGCAGGAGAAUAGACGUUGAUCCGGGGCCAUUGGACCAUUUGGGGACGUGUCCGACCAUUGAGACGCUGCAGAUGCGGCGGUGCCAGCUGCGGGAUAAGAGAAGCUUACAAGCAUUAUAUAUGGUGUGCGAGGCCGUUAGGUAUGUUGUGUUUGAGAAUUGCUGGGGAAUGGACAAUGACAAGUUCUCUCUUUUGAGCAUUUGCAGGAGGGUGAAGUUUCUCUCAUUAGAAGGGUGCUCACUUUUAACAACUGAAGGUUUUGAAUCAGUAGUUCUGUCCUGGCCAGAUUUGCAGGGACUUGUAGUCGUCUCAUGCAAUAAUAUAAAGGACGAUGAAGUAUCUCCUGCUCUAUCAAGCCUUUUCUCGGUUCUCAAAGAGUUGAAGUGGCGGCCGGAUACCAAAUCUGUCCUUGCUGUGACCCUUGCAGGGACAGACCUAAGGAAGAAGGGUGGAAGAUUUUUCAAACGGCGAAUUCUGCAGGGUCGUCGACGGCUAAAAGAAGUGGAAGAAGGAAUUAUGGAAGAGUCGAGAAGAGAAGCUAUGGUUAACUACUGAUUAGCACAAGUAGUGUUGUACAUUGGUUUGCAUGAGACAUGAGGGGCACCGCUCUUUCGGCUGUUGCAGUUCAUGUAUAGGCAGCUCAAGACUUAUAGCCGUCCGCAAUAAUCUUAAUUCUGGUUGAAUGAUGAUCUCAUAGGUUUACUAGACUUUGUCAGAAGAAGCAAAUCAAGAUGUGUGACUAUGUGACAUCUAAAUUUUAAUAUAUGGUGAACUACUCUCCCUCCU